CAAUGGAUGCAAGUGGUUUUUUGCUUAGCAUGCGAGAUGACGACCAGUCCUUUCAUGUACGCUACAGAAUGGAGGCCUCUUGUCUGGAGCUGGCCCUGGAGGGAGAGAGGUUGUGCAAGGUGGGUGAUUACCGUGCUGGUGUCUCCUUCUUUGAGGCAGCCAUCCAGGUAGGCACGGAAGACCUUCAGAUCCUCAGCGCUAUCUACAGCCAGCUGGGGAAUGCCUACUUCCAUCUGCAUGACUACGCCAAAGCCCUGGAGUACCACCAUCACGACCUGACUCUGACCAGAGCUAUCGGGGAUCAGCUUGGAGAGGCGAAGGCGAGUGGUAACCUUGGCAACACGUUGAAAGUUUUAGGACGGUUUGAUGAAGCAGCAGCAUGUUGUCAGAGGCACCUGGACAUUUCCAGGGAGCUUAACGAUAAGGUUGGGCAGGCCAGGGCUCUGUACAACUUUGGGAAUGUUUACCAUGCCAAGGGGAAGAGUAUCUGCUGGGGUGGGACUGAUCCAGGAGAAUUUCCAGAGGACGCCAUGACAGCACUAAGGAAAGCAGCCGAGUACUACGAGGCUAAUUUGUUGAUUGUGAAGGAGUUGAGGGACCGAGCCGCCCAAGGCCGUACAUACGGUAACCUGGGCAACACACACUACCUGCUGGGGAACUUCCGGAGUGCAGUGGCAGCUCAUGAGCAGAACCUUUCUGUUUGUUUUCCUUUGAAGCGUCUCCUUAUUGCAAAGGAGUUUGGAGACAGAGCCGCAGAGAGAAGGGCAUAUUGUAACCUGGGGAAUGCAUAUAUUUUCCUUGGAGAGUUUGAAGUAGCGGCUGAACAUUACAAGAAGACUUUGCUGCUUGCUCGACAGCUCAAGGACAGGGCGGUGGAGGCCCAGGCCUGCUACAGUCUGGGGAACACCUACACCCUGCUGCAAGACUACGAGAGGGCCAUCGACUACCACCUCAAACACCUCAUCAUCGCUCAGGAUCUCAACGACAGGAUUGGAGAGGGACGAGCCUGCUGGAGUUUAGGGAAUGCCCACACAGCCCUUGGCAACCAUGACCAGGCCAUGCACUUUGCAGAGAAGCAUCUGGAAAUCUCCAGAGAGACUGGAGACAGAAGUGGUGAGCUGACAGCAAGGAUGAAUGUGUCAGACCUGCAAUUGGUCCUCGGUCUCAACACUAGUGGCAGCAACUCUGCUCUGCCCGAAAACCAAAUCGACUACAACCUUCACGGAGCAAGGCCCAGAAUGGGAAGGCGACACAGCAUGGAGAACAUGGAGCUGGUGAAACUCAGCCCAGACAAGAUCAAUGGUCAGAACUGGACUAAUGACAUGCUGAGUAAACAGCCUAAACCCACCCUGGCCAAGACAUCCUCCAAGCUGUUCUUCAUCAACCGUUUCCGGGGCAAGAAGAACAAGAACAACGGCUCCUCCACCAAAAUCCUGCAGGACACCAGCAACGUGCCAGAGGUGGAGGUGCAUGGGCCCGAGAAGAGAAACAGCCUGGACUUGCUGGGGGAUGAGGGCUUCUUCGACCUGCUCAGUCGCUUCCAGAGCAACCGCAUGGAUGACCAGAGGUGCUCCAUACAGGACAGCAGGAGCCGGCUCUCUGCCCCCUCCAGUCCCUCCUGCAGUCCGCACGGAGUCAUGAAGACAUCGCUCUCUGCCUCAGACGCCUCUCCGCACCAGCAUCAGUUCCUGGACAUGGUGGCCAGCACACAGAGCCGGCGUCUCGAUGAGCAGCGGGCCAGCACCAGCAACUUCCCGGGCCUGCGGCUCAACCGGCAGAACAGCCAGUCCGUUCUCAGCCACCUGAUGGCCAACGCCGACAGCAAGGAGCCCGAUGACGACUUCUUCGACAUGCUCGUCAAGUGCCAGGGCUCGAGACUGGAUGACCAGCGGUGUGCAGCGCCCCUUCCCGCUCCCAAGGGCCCCACCGUCCCGGACGAGGACUUCUUCAGCCUGAUCAUGCGCUCCCAGGCCAAGCGCAUGGACGAGCAGCGCGUCACCCUGCCCUCCGCCUCCAGGAGCCUGGAUUCAAACUGAGCCAGGGACGGGAGACAGCAGACCCACUCACGUGCCUUACAGUGGUAAGGCAGAAGUGUCCCUGCGUAUACUUCCACAGAGACCCAGAAAGGGGUGUAACCUGUUGACUCCCCAGGAGACCACACGUUGCCCUGUGGUCUGAAGAGAGCCGCUGUUCUGAGCAGUGGACGCUCCAGCUGCACGCACACAACUCUUCCAACACUGCAAAGGGAUGACCCAUCAGUUUUUUUUUUAAAUACUGUACAGAAUAUCACCACAACCCAUAAUGUACUGUAUGGUGGGACCUGACUGCAAAUGUGUUUUUAUAUUGAUAUAGGAUAGCAAGCCCCUGCAUACUGUUUCACCUCACUGUGUGUCAGUGUAGGAAAGGUACAGCACUUAAUGUUGUUUUUGUGGUCAGUGGUGUGUAUGUUGAGGUAUGUUGGAUGACUUCAGUAAGGAAGGGAAGGGCAGAAAAAAAAAAAUCUAU